CCCACUGUGCACACCCACACGGCUUGCUUCUUUCUCUGACAGACCAAGUCACAAUGGCAGGGACCGAGAUCUCUGUCCCUCCGGAGCAGUUCACCAAAAUCAAAGAACCAGAGUUGAUAAGAGAAAAAGCCCUGGAGGAGGAAGAAGAAGGGGUGUGCAGAGUGAGGGAACACCCAAGCUCUGAAGAGUUAGAGGCCGAGAGCACCCACGGGGCCCUCCAAGCCAAGAUCCCGGGGGGCGAGCCGGAGCUGGAGCUGGCCAUCCCGGAGGAGGGCGAGAAGCACAUCCUGACCCUGCAGAUGGUGCACUUGACCUCCGAAGAUGCGGCGCUGCAGGACCUGGCACCACAGCACCAGGAAGAGGUGCAGGUGAUGGUGCAGCAGGCUGGUAGUGGGCUGCAGUCACUGGUGUGGCUUGGGGAGGGGUCCCAGCAGAGCCUGCACCAGUGUGUCACCACUGGCAUCCAGGAGGAGGUGUACUCGCUGCAGGAGGUGGAGGUGAUGCAGUUUAAUGUUCUGGAGGAGAAUGUGACGGAGGCCAGUGAAGACAGUAAGUGUGCAGUGAGCCUGGCAGAAAGCUCUGGAUCUAUAGAGCUUGAGAAAGGUCAGGAAGAGGAACAGCUGCUGGCUGAAGGUGGAUUCAGUGAAGAAACAGAAGGGCAGUUUUUUCUUGUGGAAGCGAGACCAGGAGAUGAAGGAAGAGAUGAAAUUGUUCUGACAAUUUCAGCCUUAAAUAUUGAGAAACCUGCGCUGGGUCAAGCACAUGUUGAAAAAGCCAACGCUACAAAAAGUCAGAAAAAGACAAAGGAAGUAAAACGAACCUUCCACUGUGACAUCUGCACGUUCACCUCUUCUAGAAUGUCGAGUUUGAAUCGUCAUAUGAAAACCCACACCAAUGAAAAGCCCCAUAUAUGUCACCUUUGCCUGAAAGCUUUCCGUACUGUUACUCUCCUUCGGAAUCAUAUCAACACCCAUACAGGAACCAGGCCCUACAAGUGUGGUGAUUGUGACAUGGCAUUUGUCACCAGUGGAGAACUUGUCCGACACAGACGUUAUAAACACACUCACGAGAAGCCCUUUAAAUGUUCCAUGUGCAUGUAUGCCAGUGUAGAGGAACGUCAUAUGACAGCUCACAUACGUACCCACACUGGAGAGAAGCCGUUUGCCUGCCUCUCCUGCAAUAGAUGUUUCCGACAGAAGCAACUUCUAAACGUGCACUUCAAGAAAUACCAUGAUACAACUUUCGUCCCGACUGUUUACAAAUGCCCCAGGUGUGGCAAAGGCUUUUCCCGCUAUUUUCUGUGGGUUGGGAAGUUGGGAGUGGCUCAGCUGGGUGGUUCUGCCUCUGGGUCUCUCGUGAGUUGCAGUCUGGAUGUUGUCAGGGGCUGCAGUCAUUUGAUGGCUUGA